AUGGACUCAAAGACGAAGAACCUUGGCCCCGAAGUCGAUCCAACCCCAUCAGCUCUGCCAGACAACACCGUCCCCCUCAAAGGCCACUAUGUCACUCUAGAGGACUUCAAGUCCGACGCAGAAUACACCAGUCUCUGGCAGAACCUCCGACCGGACAAGAAUCCCCAGCUCUUCGACUUCCUACCUCUGACGAGCCAUGAGACCGAAGAAGAUUUGCGUCGAUCCGUGCAGGGCUGGCGAGAUCGCAACUUCAUUUUGUACGCCAUCAAGGCGGAUCCGGGCUACGUGAAUCCACCGAAGAAGGGAGAAACGGCUCCUUCGUCGAGGGAGCACAGUGAGGUGCUGGGGCUUAUCGCCUACCUCGAUGUUCAUCCUAACUUCCGUGCGCUCGAGGUUGGAGGUGUGCUUUUCGGUUCAGGAUUACAGCGUUCGGCUGCCGCGACGGAAGUGCACUACCUCAUGCUUCGCAACGUCUUCGAACAACAGUCGCCCGGCCUGGGUGGACACUCGCUUCCCUACCGCCGUGUGUGCUGGAAGUGCAACCAUCUGAACAGCAAGUCUCGACGGGCGGCGGAGCGGUUGGGAUAUAAAUUUGAGGGGCUCUUCAGGAACCAUAUGAUCGUGAAGGGCCGGUCGAGGGAUUCGGAUUGGUUGAGUAUCUUGGACGACGAGUGGCCGGUUGUGAAGAAGGCGCUUGAGCUGUGGCUGGAGAAGAGCAAUUUCGAUGAUUUGGGGCGGCAGAUCAAAGGCCUCGAUGAGAUUAGGGCGUCUUUGGGAUAG